AUGCAACAUCAACAACAUAAACAACAACAACAACAACAGCAACAAUGGGAUCAUACUAGCAGACAUAUACAACAGAGUGGAGUUGGAGUAGUAGCGCCACCACCUCCACCUCCAUAUAGUCACAUACUUCAAUAUCAACAGUAUCAACAACAUCCCUAUCCUCAGCCACAGCCACAUCCUCAACAAUCUCAGCCACAUCAACAACACCAACAACAACUACUUCUUUUACAACAACAACAACAGCAGCAACAGCAACAACAACUACAACUACAACAACAGCAACAACAACAACAACAACAAAUGUUAACAGAGACAGGAGAUGAUGACCCUUUGAAAAAGAAGAGAAAGAGGAUAUCACCUGAGCAAUUGAGGCUGCUCGAGAGUAUAUUUAUAAGUCAUCAACAUCCAAGUCUUAAUCUACGUAAUCAGAUGGCCAGUGAGCUGGGCAUCUCACCACGUUCCGUUCAGAUAUGGUUCCAAAACAGACGUGCCAAGGCCAGAUACAUGGAGUUCAAGCCUGUCUUGCCCGACAGCAGUAGUAGCGGCAACUCCUUGACGUCACUCUUGGAUCUUCAGUCUCAGACUACCCCCGCAGCGACAUCAUCGGCGACACCAAAUGCCGCGAUCAACAUGGCCCCCUCACCCCUGAUGCUUUCCGCGUCCGAAUCCAAGACGAUCACAUCGUCGUCGCACAGCCAGACCCAACUCAAGGAGAGCAGUCACAACACGAGCCUAUACAUCAAUGAUCGCUCAGGCAACAACAGCCUCAGCAUCAGCAUCAGCAUGGUUGACAAGACACCAACGGUGGCAUCAAUUUGGAAUAGGAUACUAUUGAGUCCACACGACUCUGAUGGUAGUCUACUGCGCUAUGAUCCAGACGAUCCAAACUCGAUCGAUGUUAACUUCCGCGACAUGAGCGGACUGUCCCUGCUGUUCACCGCAGCCGUGCUUGGCUACGAGUUCCAGGUGCGUCGUCUGGUGGACAGUGGCGCCAACCCAAACAUCCGCGACAGUCGCGGAAACACACCUAUUCUGGCCGUGUCCCUUCUGGGCAGUCUUCACAUUGUCGAGUACCUGCUAUUGCAUUAUGCCGACCCCAAUCUGGUCAAUGACGAUGGUGUCUCGCCCCUGUACGCCGCAUGCAAGAGUGGCCACGCCCACAUUGUACGCUCGCUGUUGGAGAGCGACGCCGAGGUCAACGUCCGACUAAACACGAGUGACGAGACACCCUUGCACAUCGCCUCGAUCAAAGGCUUUGACCGAAUCUGUCAGAUGUUGCUAGAGAAUGAUGCCAAGGCCACCGUUUUUGACGAGCACAACUAUACACCGCUGCAUCACGCCGCGGUAAUGGGCCACAUCACAAUCGUCAAGUUACUGAUCAAACAUGGUGCCGAUGUCGAGGUCGUCGACAAUGAGGGACAUACUCCAUUGCAUGCCGCAUCACUACUUGGCAACGAUCUGGCGGUCAGCUGUCUUUUAGAACAUGGUGCCAAUGCCAAUGCACAAGAUCACACCGGUCAAACUCCAAUCCACUAUGCCAUUCGUGAUGGACGUACAGAGACCGUUCGGUUACUGAUCAAAGGAGGACACUCUUCAUUGACUGUCAAGACUCAGGACCAAAUGAACGCAUUACAUCUGGCGGUACAAUGGGGAACAGUGAUGAUGGGUCAGUUGAUAAUGGAGGGAUAUAGAGGCAAUAUUGAUGAUAUGGAUGGACAAGGACAUACUCCACUCUAUUUGGCAGCACGUUCUGGAAAGACCAACUUUGUCAAGUAUCUAAUAAGCAAGGGGGCAUCAGUCAAGCUUGCACUGGACAUUGCCACACAACAAGAUGCCACCGAUAAAAUGGAGACCAUUGACAUACUUCACAGAUGUGACAACAACAAUGACAACAAGAAAAGAAAGCAAAUCGAUUCCCCUUCCCCUUCCUCCUCUUCCUCCUCAUCUUCCUCCUCUUCCUCCUCCUCCUUCACAUCAAUCCAUGAUCUACUGGAUAAUGACGACGACUAUGCUGACGACAGGAAUAGAUCGCUCUAG